CUGCAGCCAACUUCACAUCGUGCUGUCAAAUUUGCCAUCUCAACUUCCUUUGCUCGCGUGCGUUCUUUCCUUUUACAUCAAUAUGGCUGAUCAGCAAACCGAGAAAGCCUUCCAAAAACAAGACGGCAUUAACCUAAACAGAAAGGUUAAGCCCGGCAUCGCCAAGAAGAAGACUUUGCGCCGUUACCGUGAUAUCGGUUUGGGUUUCAAGACUCCCCGUGAUGCUAUUGAUGGCAACUACAUUGACAAGAAAUGUCCCUUCACUGGCGAUGUAAGAAUCCGUGGUCGCAUCUUAACCGGUGCUGUACGUAAAACCAAGAUGCAACGUACCAUUGUCAUCCGUCGUGAUUACUUGCACUUUGUCCGCAAAUACAGCCGUUUUGAAAAACGUCACAGAAACAUGAGCGUUCAUUGCUCUCCCGCUUUCAGAGAUGUUGAGAUCGGCGAUAUUGUUACCAUUGGUGAAUGUCGUCCCUUGUCCAAGACUGUCCGUUUCAACGUAUUGAAGGUCUCCAAGGGUCAAGGCUCCAAGAAGAAUUUCAAGAAAUUCUAAAUUUCUCCAAAGUAGUUUCACAU